UGAAAUCAUCGAGGACACGCUGAUCCACUUGGCCACAGAGAAUGAGCAGUACCUGAGCGAGCUGCCGGAGCACGCCGGGAGCUUCAAGGACACGCGGAUCGUGGGUGAGACUGACUUGGCUACAGCAGCCCCCAGGGCAGGUCACAGCUGUACAGUGAGCUUCAGGAGACUGAACCAGUGACUGCUGUGCUCUUUGCAGAAUUUAUAUUCCUUUUGUCUGAGAAAUGGCGCUUGGACCAAUCGGCGAGGUACCAAGCAGUGGAGUUACUCGAAAGGUAACAAGAGCCCGGAACACUUAGUUUGUUUCCUGUUCUCUGGCUGUGCUGCCCAUGCUCGGUCCUGCCCUGUCCUGCUCUGUCCCCUCACCCAAACCACACACGACUUCUCUGUGUGUUGAGUGCUCUGUCUCUUCAUCCAUUUAAUCCAAAUUACCAGCUCUGUGUAUACUCUGAAUAUAUGUGGAAUUGCCUUUCUUCCUUCCUCAGCAAAGAGAACUGUGCUCUGAGCAACUGUGAGUUUUGCAGGUUUAUGAUCAAGCAGUUAGAACAGCUGUGGGAGUCCUCCAGUGGGAGUGUUAAAGGUGGUGCCCAAGGACAAGGGAGCAGCUGGAGCUCUGUGAGGGAUCAGAUAGUCAGCACCUUUGUCCUGCGACUUGUGUCAUGCAUUCAGCUCGCGAGCAAACUCUCCCUGCACUAUAGCAGAGUGACCAGUGACACAGCUUUAAAAUUUCUGCAAUCCUUAAAAUACUCUUACACUAAACAGGAGUUGCUGGAUUCAGAGCUUGCUGUUUUAAACACUCUGCACUUCCACAUCAAUGUGCCCACUCCGUUGGCCUACGUGGAAUUGCUUCUGGAGGUUCUAGGACACAAUGGGUGCUUGCUUCCUGCUAAACCCUUGCACCACAUGUGUGUGCAGCUGCUGGACUUCUGCUACCUGUCCAGAGAGACCAUCUAUGACACUUUGCUGAAGAUCGCCAUCGAAAACUCCACACCCAGCAAGCUGCAGAGCCAAGUUUUUGACAGUGAAGGAAGAUUUCAUGCUCUUGGCUGUUGGAAUCAUCAGCACAGGCAUGUUCAUCCUGAGCCCUGGGCACUGGGAGCAGGUUGUGGAGCAUUUGAACUGUAUCACUGGCAUUACUCCACAAAGCAUCGAGGAGUUCUCGUACGCGGUGCUGAGGCGCAUCCUGGGCAGCGCCGUGCCCAGGCAGCACCAUGGGAGCUGUGGGACCAAGGCUCCCAAAGGCAGGAUUCUGCCCCUGAAAUAGAGCCACUUUGUCUGGAACUGUCACGCUGCUGAACCCACAGUUCCUCCUCUGUGACACUACCUGGGCUCCCAGCAAAGCUCAGGAUUACCUUUGGUCCUGAGCAUCAGGGGUUCUGGAAAAGCAGUCGUGUGAAUUAGCAAAGCUCGUCCUGCCAGGCAUCCCAGUCACACUUUGGAGGGAGGCUGAGCAGCACAGUAGUUUUUAGAAAUGCCUCUUUGGGACCCAGAGGUUUAUUGUAAGAGGUGCAUCUUUUAAGUUGGGUCAAAGUUCCCUUUGACUGAACAGACUCCUCACAGUAGUCAUGUCUGAAAGGUGCUGCUGUGCCUGGUGCUCAGCCAUGACCAGGAUUGCUGGGAGCAGCUCUGACACCCAUGUUACAAACGGUGCUGUGCUGUCUCCACCUGCUGCUUUUCUAAAAUCCCUGUUUCCAGCUGCCUGUGACUAUUUCCCCUCUGCCAGCACUUGGAACACUUUUGCUCUUGCCCUACCACAGCCAGUAACGACCAGCAUUGUGACAAGGACAGAAUCCUGUCAUGACAGCAGGUGCCCAGGCAGGUGCCCUGUGAGUGCCAGGGUUUGUGCUGUGCCAGGCAGAGCUGAAGGAAACCACUCAGAGCAAGGAAUAGUUUUAGUGUUUCCUCAGUGCAGGAAUAGGCUGCAAGAGGGAUUACAAACUGUUUUAAGUGGUAUCAAACCUUGUUUAAGCUCAGUGGUACAAAGAAGUGCUGAUGUGACUGGGAAAAUACUUUAUUUCAAACUGUAGUUACUCUUUAAUGAUCAGGCAGAGUUGUGAGAGUUUUUCCAUGUUAUUCCCUGUGUUUGUAACAUUGGUCAUAAACCCCAAAAGUACCAGUUUAGCAUCCAUUUAAUAGCUGAGUUUAUUCUGUUCAACUCAAUGAUACAACUUUGCAUAUUGCUUUUCUAUAAACUACUUGUAAUAAUGGCAUUUUAAAUAAAGUGUCUUGUGGAUUUUUGGUAUUGUAAA